UGGCAAUGGCUCAUCUCGAUCGCACAGCGGCAGCCUCCCUCGCUGCUGCAGAGCAGAACACACCCCGGUAACAGAGCAAGCGCGUGGGAAGAGUGUGCCUUCGUGGCAAUGGCUUUGCGGAACGGAGGUCGUGGAGGCUGGGGCGCUGCGGCGUCGCUGGCCGUGGUGGUGGCGGCCGUUGCGGCACUGCUGGGCGCCGGGGCUGCGGUUGCGGCGGCGGCCAAGUUCGACGACGUGGUGCAGCCGAGCUGGGCGAACGACCACAUGGUGUACGACGGGGACCUCCUCAAGCUCCGGCUCGACGCCAACUCCGGCGGCGGGUUCGUGUCGAAGAACAAGUUCCUCUACGGCAAGGCCAGCGCCGACCUCAAGCUGGUGCCGGGGGACUCCGCCGGCGUCGUCACCGCUUUCUAUGUGAUUGUCUUCGGGCGGGGACAAGCACAACGAGUUCGACUUCGAGUUCCUGGGGAACACGAGCGGCGAGCCGUACCUGGUGCAGACGAACCUGUACAUCGACGGCGUGGGCAACCGCGAGCAGCGCAUCGACCUGUGGUUCGACCCCACCACCGACUUCCACACCUACGCCGUGCUCUGGAACCCCAGCCAGGUGGUGUUCAUGGUCGACGACACCCCCAUCCGCGUCUACGAGAACACGUCCUCCCGCCACGUCCACGGCCACCACCGCCACGCCGCCAACACCAGCACCACCGACUCAUCGCCGCCGCCGUUCCCGGGGCCGCAGCCGAUGGCGGUGUACAGCUCGAUCUGGAACGCGGACGACUGGGCGACGCAGGGCGGGCGCGUGAAGACGGACUGGUCGCACGCGCCGUUCGAGGCCACGUUCCGGGAGGUGCGCGUGGACGGCUGCGUGUGGGCGGGCAACGCCACCGACUGGGACGGCGGCGAGGUGUCCCGCUGCACCGGGUCGUCGUGGGGCAAGGAGGGCCGGUACUGGUGGAAGGAGAAGGAGAUGUCGGAGCUGAGCGUGCACCAGAGCCACCAGCUCGUGUGGGCGCGCGCGCACCACCUCGUCUACGACUACUGCGUCGACACCGACCGCUUCCCCGUCCAGCCGCCCGAGUGCGCCGGGCGCUGAUCGGAGGCUGAUCUGAUGGAUCAUAUCAUCUUCUUCGCUGGGUUGUCGAUCGAUUAUCAUCGAUGGGGUCAUGGAACUGCUGGUUUCCUUUCACCUCUCUGGCUUCUUGCGCUUGGGAAUGCAGCAAUGGCUGUCUGUACUCUGUAGUGAGGCUUUGCAUUGGCUGCCGUGUGUGUGGUGAUUCUCGGGGUGGGUUGCGUCAGUGGAGGUGUCUUUUGUAAAAACAUGUUGAUGAUGGGAAUGAACGGUGCUGCGGCGCUCUGUUCCAAAGAUUUGUUC